GUGUGCCAGCACUCCCUCGCCAGUGUCUGGACAGUAGUAAGAGUCAAAGUGCUGUUGCCUCAAGUCACUGGUUUACUCUUGCUUUCAGUGCGGUGACGAUCUGAGUUCCGCGCAUUACUGUGAAACGUUCAUUACUACUUUUCAUUGGUUAUAUGAAUAUGAAGCGAUAACCAGGAGAUAUGGAAAUGGAAGGAAGUGCGGUGAUGGUGAGGGGGGCGUUCAAGAGGUACAGUCAUUCUACUGUUGUAUUGAGAGGCUUGGAUCUCACAGUCGCAGAUGCUACCAUUUAUGGACUGCUGGGGCCUAGCGGAUGUGGGAAAACGACCCUCCUGCGCUCCAUCGUGGGGAUGGUCCGACUUGACGCGGGAGACAUAUAUGUUAAAGCUCAUCAAAGACACAAAGUCGGCUACAUGCCCCAGGAGCUGGGGCUAUACGACUACAUGAGUAUCAUGGAGGCCUUCCAUUUCUACGGGAAGCUGUAUGGGAUGGACAAGGAAGAAGUGAAGAGCCGUGGACAAGAACUCGUGGCCUUCCUGGAGCUUCCUGAUAGCAAGAGACUGAUCGGCACCCUCAGUGGUGGACAACAAAGGAGACUAUCCUUUGCUGUGACAUUACUGCACGAUCCUGAUCUCCUGAUCCUGGAUGAACCCACGGUGGGAAUCGACCCUGUCCUGAGCGCAGCGAUCUGGGAGCGACUGCUAGAGAUGACAACUUGUCAGAGGAAGACGAUCAUCAUCACCACUCAUUACAUAGAGGAAGCCAAGCAGGCACAUAUGAUUGGACUGAUGCGAGACGGAGUGUUACUGGCAGAACAGUCGCCGACUUCUCUGAUGGUCUCGCAGGGCUGUGACUCGCUGGAAGAAGCUUUCCUGGCUCUCAGCCAAAGGCAGGAAACCUCAAGGUUUGACGAUGCUCAGUCAGUGGAACUGAGUUAUCCUACCACUCAAAAGAAAAGUCUACCACCUCUUGUAGAUACCUGCCCUUAUUGGAAGACCAACAGAUUCAUGGCUCAACUUACCAAAAACACAAGAUGGUUGAUACGGAACGUAUUCGCUACAAUGUUUUUCUUGUUGCUGCCGGCAUCCAUCGCCCUCAUGUGUGAGUUUGUGUUAUCGCACAACCCUGGGGCACACCGCACCAUCGGUAUCGUGUCUCUGGAGCUGGCCGACGGCCUAGCCUCCUGCACGGGCCAGGAGUACGAGGGCUGCGGCAGCUACGAUCGUCCCUUCACAUGUAGAUUCAUGGACUAUCUCGUUAAUUCCUCAAUAGAGACGAAAAUUUACGACAGCCUAGAAGAAGGGAAGGAAGCGACGCGGAAGAACGAAGUAUGGGGAGUCUUGGAGUUCAAUGCGAACUACACGGAUUCUGCCCUAGACCGGAUACAGCAUGACAUUUUCUCCACACCUGAGAGUGUUGUGGAAUCUAGCUUCAUCAACGCCUACAUGGACAUGUCGAAUAUGUGGGUAAGCACGUUUCUGCGGCGAGAACUACUUCUAGACGUUCGGAUGAUGAUACAAGGAUUCCUGAAAGACUGCGAUAUAAACCCACACUUACUGGACAUACCUGUUCAAUUCAAACCUGCAAUUUUCGGCUCAAAUAACCCAACUUACCUUCAGUUCUUCAUUCCAGGAGUUGUUUGCACAUUUGCCUUUUACCUGUCCAUCAUGUAUACCACGGCUGCUAUCAUGUUCGAGAAAAGUGUUGGACUCGAAAGAAGUCUAGUGGCUGGAAUGACGAAGACGGAGGUAGUGAUCGCUCACUCUGUAGUCCAAAUCGUGAUUGCCAUUGUCCAGGAGCUUACCAUCCUCGUGAUCCUGUACUACUGCUUUGACAAUCCUUGCCGCGGGAACAUGAACCUUGUUAUGAUCCUCCUGAUCAUGCUGCAGAUCAUGGGUCUGUUUUAUGGACUUGUAUUGGGAUUGUUCUUCACUAGUCAAAGAGACGCUACAAACGCAGGAAUAGGAACCGUCAAUGCUUUAUUCAUGCUUGCGGGGUUAGUUUGGCCAGUAGAGGGGAUGCAUUACAUCCUCCGUAAUGUAUUGUGGGCGAUCCCUGUGCAGCCCGCGGUGGAAGCGUAUAGAGCCAUCGUCAUGCGGGAUUGGCACAUCUCCCACCCCGUUGUGUACAAGGGGUUCCUCUCCACUUCCAUCUGGACAGCGAUCUUCAUUCUCGCCACUAUAGCUCUCGCCCGCAGCAACAAGACCAGUCUCUAACAUAAACUGAAUGAUUGUUUCUCUUUGGUAUUUAGUGUGCCAUUAUGUGAUUGUUGGUCCGCAUUAUAUUUAUUAUUUUUGUUA